GUGCUGGGGUAUUCUCAAAAUCAUAUUGAUAUGCUUGUUUCCUCGCCUUCGGGUGAUUUUAAUAACCCGUUCUUGGUGAAUGACAAAUGGGGAGGAGCUAAUCCUUUGAUGGAUCUUAUCAAUGGGUUUCGGGAUACUAUAAAUAAUUAUGGUUUGAUUGAUUUACCUUUACUGGGAGCUUUAUUUACUUGGGAGCAACAUCAUAAUGGUUUCAUGGUUCUUAAGGAACGACUUGAUAAGUGCAUGGUGAAUGAAGCUUGGAAUGAUUUAUUUCAGGACUCCCGACUUUUGGCUUUAGUGACGUCAGUAUCGGAUCAUUGCGCUCUAAAGCUAGAGAUUGAUGUGGUUCGGUGGAUAGGAGGGCUCCGAAAAUUCAUGUUUGAGAACUCUUGGAUGUUACAUGAGGGAGCUUAUGCAGGUCGUUGA